AUGACAAGUCCAUGUGAAGAUGGAGCCGUUUGUUGGCCACAACAUAGAGAUGAUGUAGUCCCAACUUGUAAAGGAUUUUUUUAUGAAAGACUUGGAGAAGAAUGUCGAAUUCGAACAGAUUGUUGGGGAUUAAAAUGUGAACCAUUCUCUCGUACUUGUCAACCAGAUAUUAAUUCAUUGGAUGGAUAUCAAUGUGAAUCAUUAUAUUCUUGUCUUGAAGGUUUAAUAUGUACCACCACCAUCAACAUUGAUGGCACCAAGUAUUGCAUUGAACCAUUUUCACUAUCAGAGGGUAAUACAUGCGACACAGAAUUUGAAAAUCUAAUAGGUGAUAAUGGAAAUUAA